AAAAAAAAUUAACAUCUAAUGUGUUCAAUGUUCAUCUCAAAAUUAGAUCUGUCAAACACAUAGUUGUAAUAUCAAUUCUUGUCCGCUUCCGUUUUAGUAUCCUGACUAGUUCAAUGUUCAUGUUUUAACUGUGACUGAAUAUAAUGACUAGCGUUAUUGUGUCGAUUUUUGACUGUACUGAUGAAUCGGUCUUUUCUAUACUCCUGAAGUCCAUACACGUUGACCUGGUCAUCUCUUAUUCAUAUUAUGCAAAACUUUGGGAAUUCACAGACAACAUAAUAAAAUUGUUGUCCGUUGAUUUUUAACGUCACCGGACAUCUCUGUUCUUUCUUCUUCCCUUGCCAACAAUGGCGCUUUUCUGCUCCUCACCUCUGCUCUUCUUUACCAUGUUCAUGUUAUCAUUCAUCUUUUUGAUGUGUUAUUCUACUGAUACCAUGAAUUUGAUGAACGGUCCCAUUAAAGACAGCCAAAAUGAGUCUCUAGUUUCAGCUGGAAAUAGAUUCGAACUGGGGUUCUUUACCCCAGAAGGAAGCUCUCCUAACAAGAGGUAUUUGGGCAUUUGGUAUUACAAGGUAUCACCAAAGAUUGUAGUAUGGGUUGCCAACCGGGACAAACCACUGUUAAACACCAAUGGAGUUUUUGUCGUUUCCAAUGAUGGACAACUUAAGGUAACAGAUGAGAAAAGCGGGGAUAUGCAUUGGAGAGCCAACGUUAGUAGUCGUUUACAGCCUUCUGUCACGAGGGAAGUGACUCUCAUGGAUUCUGGAAACCUAGUUUUGAGUGAUGUACUUUAUAGUAGAGGUGUUGUGUUAAGCAGAACACAUGUAUGGGAAAGCUUUCUUAAUCCUACUGAUACAUUUCUUCCUGGUAUGAUGAUGACUUUGAAGAUGAAGUUGACUUCAUGGACAAGUCAAGAUGACCCUAAACAGGGGGAAUUUGCUUUCCUGCAGCUUGAUACUAAGAGAGAAGAGUACCCGUACAUGAUACAGAGAGGGGUUUCGAAAGCCACAUUUUGGAAAAGUUCAAGUCAGCCUAAUCCAGAAUAUCCAGACAGUUUUGGUGGUAUUUCACCCAUUGCACACUAUUUUCUAACAAAUUUCACUAGAGUAUCAAGUACUAAUACUUCGAAUUCGUACCGUAUGAUGAAAGGUUGGAAGGGAGAGGUUAUAUCACCUUAUGUGUCUAAUUACAGUAACAGUAGACUGGUGAUGAGCUUCAAUGGACAGAUACAAUUCUACAUGUGCCUUCAUAGCGUAGUUAAUUGCUCUAUCAAAUUAUCACCAAGUGACCCAUGCCAUGUUUAUGAAGUUUGUGGCGAAUUUGGUGUCUGCAAUAGUAAGAAUGCCGUCUUGUGCAGGUGUUUACCUGGGUUUCAACCCAAAAACCAAAGUGCUUGGGACUCUGGAAACUUUAAGGAUGGGUGCGUAAGUAGAUCAGUUAUGCCCUGCAACAAAAAUUAUUUUGGAAACGAUUUCUUACAUUUGAAAAACAUCAAAGUGGGAAAGCCUGGUAAGACUUUAACAGAUGUAGAAGAUGAUGAAAAAUGUAAGGAACAUUGUUCUGACAAUUGUAACUGUACUGCUUAUUUAUUCACAACUGAGGGCAGAAGACCCUCGUGCUGGAUAUGGACCGAUGGACUAGAAAAUAUUCAAGAGGAUAAUGAUAAUGAUGCUGAAUCUUACAUCAAUGUUCGUGUGGAAUUAUCUAAAACAGAAACAUUUAAAAAAAGCUGUAAAGCUUGUGGUGCAAAUAUAAUUCCCUAUCCAUUGAGCACAAGUUCUGAUUGUGGGGAUCCUUUGUACUCCGAUUUCACAUGUGACACAAAUUCUGGGGAGGUUUUCUUUCAGGCUCUCCAUCACAAGUACCGAGUAACAAACAUCGAUCCAGUGCACAGAAAAUUCACUGUUCAGUUGACUGAAGAAUUGGGUUGUACAGCUUCCGUGCAAAUGCUCAAUCAGUCCUUAGGCUAUACCGUAAGCAGGGGAUGCAGUAGUUUGCAGAGUUCUAUCGUUCCUAAUAUGUUUCCCUUCUUUAGUAGAGCACAAAUAAUAGAACUAGAAAUUCAGUGGAAUAAACCACUAAGACCACCUUGUAAGACAACUUCGGACUGCGAUGAGAUUGUAAACUCAGAUUGCAAUGAUGCAAAAGAAGAUGGAUCAAGAAGGUGCACUUGCCUUAAACAUUUUACGUGGGAUUCUGAGAGCUUAACGUGCAUAUAUGAGGGAACUGGCGGAAGAAUCGAAGUAAAUCAAGCCCUUCACUUAUAUGACAGUGAGAGGAGUAUUGUAGACUUUAUGCAGACAGGUCAAUUUAAAGAAGAAGAGAAGAAAAACAUUGAAGCACCAUUUGUUGUUUUGGAAAGCAUACUGGUUGCUACAAGUUACUUUUCAGAAGAUAACAAGCUUGGACAAGGAGGGUUUGGCCCAGUUUAUAAGGGAAAAUUUCCAGGGGGACAAGAAAUUGCCAUAAAGAGGCUUUCAAGUGGAUCAGGACAAGGCUUGUUGGAGUUUAAAAAUGAGGUUAUGUUGAUUGCUAAACUUCAGCAUCGGAAUCUUGUUAGACUGUUAGGCUAUUGUAUUGAAGGAGAUGAAAAAAUAUUACUCUAUGAAUACAUGCCAAACAAAAGCUUAGACCUCCUCCUAUUUGAUCGAACAUUGUGUGUGCUGCUGAAAUGGGAGAUGCGCUUUAACAUCAUACUAGGAAUUGCAAGAGGGCUUAUUUAUCUUCACCAAGAUUCAAGAUUAAGGAUUAUCCAUAGAGAUUUGAAAACAAGUAACGUUCUACUAGAUGAAGAGAUGAACCCAAAAAUUUCCGACUUUGGCUUGGCAAGGAUUUUUGGAGGCAAACAAACUGAGGCAACCACGGCAAGAGUAGUUGGAACAUAUGGUUAUAUGGCUCCAGAAUAUGCAUUAGAUGGGUUUUUCUCAAUCAAGUCGGACGUGUUCAGUUUUGGAGUUGUCAUCCUUGAGAUUAUUAGUGGGAAAAAGAACACAGGGUUUUAUCAGUCAAAUCAAGUGUUGAGCCUUCUAGGUUAUGCAUGGAAAUUGUGGAGAGAAAACAGGCCAUUAGAUUUUAUGGAUGCAGCGCUACGUGAAACGUGUAAUGCAAAUGAAUUCUUAAGGUGUAUAAAUGUAGGACUGUUGUGUGUACAAGAAGACCCAGAAGAUCGUCCCACAAUGUCAAAUGCGGUUUUCAUGCUUGGGAGUGAAACGGCAACAAUCCCCAAUCCUAAGCAACCAGCCUUUGUUAUCAGAAAAUCUCUUUCAUCGACAGGGUCUUCAAGUAAAGGGGUGUCCAUUAACGAGUUCACAGCUACGUUAGAACUAGGCCGUUGACAAUGAAGAUCACUACAGUGAGCCCAGUAAAAAAGUUUGGGGACAAAAGUGCUUUAAAUGCCUAGUAAUAAUUUAUAUAUAAAAUAUAUAAUUGCUGUUUAAAUUAAAGAUAUGUUAUAGCAGAUAUGCAAUUGCAGUUCUAGAAA